GUAAGCGUAUAUGUUAGAUCAAUGAUUAAUAAUAUAAUAGUUUACUUAACAGUGUUUAUUUAAAAUGGCGAACAAACUUUGACAUAGGAUCUUUAAUAUGCAUUAACACUGCUUUUUAACAUGUGCUGACAAUUUGGAAGUACUAGAAAUGGCGAACAAAGCGCCUGAUCAACUAGUAGACGUGUUAAAGCAGGUUCAAGCGAGAAAAACAGUUAAGUCUGAGGACGCCACACGGGCACUGCAGCAAUACUACAAAGUGCAGGAGCAUAUCAAGAUUUUGAAAAAAGAAAUUGAGUUCUUCAAAGCAAAUAAAGAGAAAGAGAAAGAGAAAGAAGCACAAUCGAAACAAUUGGGAAAUGGAAGUGCAGCCGCAAGAAAAAGCAGUGCUGUUUCAAAACAGUUGGGAAAUGGUUCUUCACAUAAACUCAAACAGCCGAGCCCGGCACAGAAAGGAACACAGAAAGUUUUAAACGGACCAAAAAUAUUGAACGGUCCAAAAAUAUUGAAUGGACCUGCGGUAUCAAGAGUUUCUAAUGACAAUACAGGGAGGUUGAAUAAUUCCAAUUCACCGAGAAUACUCAACGGUCCAACGGAUCCAAAAAAUAUAGGAGCCAAAUCGCCAUCAAAGUCAGAAACGAGAGAUAAUAUAUCGAUGAAAAGUGGGCAAACUAAACUAUUGACAAGAACCCAGUCUAUAAAAGAAGAGCCCGAAAAGUCAACAAGACGAGAAUCUAUUAAACCGGAUGAAAAGGGCCCGUCUUCAUCUCGCAGGGAUUCUUUGAAUCCUGUAAAAGAAAUUUCUGAUAAGGAUAAGGAAUUAGCUAGGCUUAGAUUUCAAAAUGCCCAGUUAAAGGUGUCGUUAGAUAACAGGCCAACAAAUGACGCACCAAAAGGUCCCAAAGUUGCAAUCUUGAAUUUGCCUCCACCGGACAAAUUAGUUAUGGAGUUUAAAGGCAUACACGAAAACGAAUGGAGAGUUGCAUUUCAUGAUCUCGAGAAGCACUACAAAUUUCAAGAGGAUGCAAUUACGGAUUUGCUAGCUGGAAUCGCAAAGGAAGCGUAUCACUUUAGCCAGGCUAGUGAAAAACAACAGUUCGAGGAUAUUAAAAAGGCACACGCGCACGUGACAGAUGUUUUAGUGCAGCCAAAAUAUGCAACACAAACACGAGAUGUACUUACUGCAAAAUCAAAGUCGAUUAUCGAUAAAGACGGUUUUCAAGUGACGAGGAAGUUUUUACGUGAAUAUCGCAAAUCACUGGGAAGGGUGCCCAUUCCCGGCUUGGUAGAGAUAUUUGAAAUAAUGGCUCAGAAGGAUGUCAUCAUGAGGCAAACGUCAUUGAGAGUUAUCCCUAAAUCAGUUAAACCCUACAUACAUAAACUAGUUGAAGUUAACUGGCUUAUGGCCCUCCAAGAACCGCAACUGACUCAAGUGUGGCCUAGAGGGGGACAACUCAUGAACAGAGACUGGUUUACUGCUUAUGAAAAGAAGGGAGCAACAAUCAUUCACACAGUCUGGCCUGCCUUGUUCUUUCAUAAAGAAGGCCCACUUGCUGAACGCGGAGUUUGUGCUGUUAAAUAGAAUAUGAUUUCAUGAUUUAAAUGCCAAUUAUACAUGUUGUGUGUCUGACAAAUUGUUCAAGUAUUUCUGUACCAAACUAUAAAAAUGCAAAUUGUAUGCAUGCAUGUUUGCAGGAGAUGGCAACCUAGGUUGCAGGUGUUCUCUUAAAUUAAAAUGUAAAGUAACUACGAAUUAAUAAUAUUCAUCAUUUUUUUUGUCUUCUAAGAAAACGUGUCGACAUUUGUUUUAUAUGUUAUUAGAGCAUGCAAUAUAAAAUAAAAUAGUAGGCCUGAGCGUGUAAAGACGUAUGUUGGUUGAAUUAAAAUGAUACUAUUAAUAAACAAUGAAAAGCCA